AGAGAAAGAGAGGAAGAAAAAAAAGACGAAGCUCUUCCAGUCUGGUCUGCAAAAGCCUGCUACUGCUGCUGCUGCUGCACUCAAGCUCACUCCCCUACAGAGAAACCCGAGGCUGGUACAAAAGGACCAAAAUCACUGCUUGACCCGUUUUAUUCAGCAGGUAUGGCAGAGUUGGCGAGUCUGGUGCAGCGGUUGGAAGUGGCCGUGGGCCGUCUGGAGUCCAUGUCGGGCCAGGGAGGCGGAGCUGGAGAGUCAGCUGGCGGAGCUGUAUCUGCGUACGUCGAGGCCUUUGACGUGAUCGUUAAAGGUCCACUGGCCCAGUACGUGUCCCUCAGCCAGAAGAUAGGGGGCGAUGUCCUGAAACAUGCGGACAUGAUGCAGCAGGCGUUCUCCAGUCAGAGACUACUCCUCAUAAAAGCUUCCUCCUCCCAGAAGCCCUCUGAUGCCGUUUUGACGACCCUCAUGCAGCCGGUGUCCAAAGCGAUCCAGCAGGUGCAGGCUUAUCGCGAGCAGAACCGCACCUCACCGCUAUUCAACCACCUCUCUGCCGUCAGCGAGAGUGUGCCCGCCCUCGGAUGGGUCGCCAUGGCUCCUAAGCCGGGCCCCUUCGUCAAAGAGAUGCAGGAUGCUGCCAUGUUCUACACCAACCGUGUGCUCAAGGACUACAAGGAGAAGGACAAGACACACGUCGACUGGGUGAAGGCCUACGUCUCCAUCUGGACUGAGUUGCAAGACUACAUCAAGAAGCACCACACCACCGGUCUGACCUGGAGCAAGAGUGGCCCCAUUGCUUCAGCCUCUGCAGCUCCCCCCAGUGCCCCUGCUGGCGGAGCACCUCCCCCACCUCCACCUGGACCUCCUCCUCCUGCCAUGGACCUGAGCGCAUCCUCCGGCGGCGGAGGUGGCGAUGAGAGGAACGCUUUGUUUGCCUCCCUUAACAAAGGAUCCGACAUCACCAGGGGCCUGAGGCACGUGAAGGAAGACGAAAAGACCCACAAGAAUCCUAAUCUCAGGACUCAGGGUGCUCCAGUGCGUACCGGACCAAAACCCUUCUCGUCCGCCCCCACCAAACCUGCCGCGACUGCCACCCCGACCCGCACGCUGCCCCCUGUUUUGGAGCUGGAGGGAAAGAAAUGGAGAGUGGAGAACCACGAGGGAGUAGACAGCCUGAUGAUCAGCGACACUGAGCUGAAGCAAGUCGUUUACGCUUUCAAGUGUAACAAGAGCACGCUGCAUGUCAAGGGCAAAAUCAACUCCAUCACUUUAGACAACUGUAAGAAAAUGGGCCUGGUGUUUGACGAUGUCGUGGGCAUCGUAGACAUGAUCAACUGCAAAGAUGUCAAGGUCCAGGUCAUGGGUAAGGUACCGACUAUCUCCAUCAACAAGACCGACGGUUGCCAUGUCUACCUGAGCAAAGACUCUCUGUCAUGUGAGAUCAUCAGCGCCAAGAGCUCCGAGAUGAACAUCCUGGUGCCCAACCAAGACGGAGAAUAUACGGAGAUCCCUGUUCCCGAGCAGUUCAAGACCGUCUGGGACGGCAAGAAGCUCGUUACCACAGCAACAGAGAUCGCUGGAUAGAGAGGCAGCAUGUGAAAUGUCCGCCCCUUCGUCGAAAACAUACCCACACCUCCCUCACCCCCUUCUCUUUUUGCAAAUGCCUACCUGACUGGUCGACCACCCCACCAGCUAACACUCACACUGUAGACUGAGAAUCGGACAUCAUGCGUGUUAUCUCCCUCCCUUCUUCCACAUCAGCCAAUCACGGCUUAAGCUGUUCCUUCCAUAAAGCCAAUAAGGGGACUGCUCGCUUUAUCUGGAGCAAUCCUCCAGCCAAUCAGCAGGGGAGCAGCUUGUCAUUUAUAAAUUUGGUUUUUCCCUGUGGCCAGUGAGCACUUUUUCAGAAAAAAAACGAGUUUUGCCAAUAGUACCUGUAUCAUAUCUUCUAUCUAUCUGGAUAAUGCUACGCUAAAUUUAACAUGUAGAAAAAAGCCAACAUGUGAACAGGGGGAUUAUCAUCAGUUAUAUGGAUAUUGUCUCCUCUGCAACUAAAAGCACUGAAGCUGAUCAGGCUCUUCAUCAGGAUGCUUCAGGUAUUUUUUCCUCCUCCUCCUCUUCCUCCUCACUGCACAGGUGAGGCUGGUUGUGUGGUUUUUUUUAAGUUUCUGCUCCAUUUAUAUGCAAUUCACCGAUUGAAGCACUUGUCAAAGUAAGGAUAACGACAUCCAUAUCAUCUCCACUGAUGUUGACUGUAUUAACAUUCAUUGUGGUGAUUAAUAUAAAAAAGCACUCUUAAGAGCACAUAAAUAUAAGUAAUGAGUGCAAGACCACUAUCUAUUUCUUAUCAUGAAACAAAGACACUUAUUUAAAAAAAAAAAAAAAAAAAAAGGGGGGGGAACAAAAUCAUUCCAUGUGCUUUCCCUUAAUCCCACACAUAGGACAUUCCCGAAUAUAUUUAAAAAACAUUCCAUGUAAGGAGGCAUGUAAGGAAAAGUUGCAGUAAAGAGCAAAGAGAUUUUAAUCAGUGGAGACCAGAGGAUGAUACUGAGUGAUUGUCAUCGAAUGCUUCACCUCCAUCUCAGUCUCUAGAUUGGAAGUAUCUGCUGUAAUCACCUGUAUAGAUCUGGGGAAAAAAAUCACUGAAUAGUCUUAAAUAUUAGCCCCACCAUCAGCUGUCACUCCAUUCAUCUCUUUCUUUUUGGUUAUCUAGAGCUCUCGUAGUUGUGAAGCUCUUUGCUGAAUUUUCUUUUAUUUUGUCUCUUUUCUUUUAUCUCUUUUUUUUUUUUUUUUGGGUCCAAAAUCAGAAAUCUGCUCAUUAGUACUGGAGACAUCAUUAAAAAUGUUGCAAUAAAAUAUCA